AAGGGACAGGGGGUGCGGGGUGGGGGGGGGGGGGACGAUGUUCUACACGGAAGUGCCUCAGGCCUGCAUUGCUAGAAUGAAGCACAUCAACUUGUCGUUUGCAGCGUGUGGGUUUCUGGGCAUUUACCACUUGGGGGCAGCAUCCGCACUUUGCAAACACGGCAAAAAGCUCCUGAAGAAUGUCAAGGCCUUUGCCGGGGCUUCUGCAGGAUCCUUGGUUGCUUCUGUCCUGCUAACAGCGCCACAAAAAAUAGAGGAAUGUAACGAGUUUACCUACAGUUUUGCCGAAGAAAUCCGAAGGCAGACUCUCGGGGCAGUGACACCGGGCUAUGAUUUCAUGGCCCGACUGAGGAGCGGAGUGGAGGCGAUUCUCCCUCCCAACGCGCACGAGCUGGCUCACGACCGCCUGCACGUCUCCAUCACCAACACCGAGACCAGAGAAAACUACUUAGUCUCCAGUUUUCCCUCCCGGGAGGACCUCAUUAAGGUCCUGUUAGCCAGCAGCUUCGUGCCCGUUUACGCAGGACUAAAGCCCGUGGAAUACAAAGGGCAGGUGCUGAUGAGGGGUGUGCUUUCCACAGAAGUGGGUAGACGGAGGCUUUACCAACAGCCUGCCCCUCCUGCCCGUAGGCCGGACAGUGACCAUCUCACCGUUCAGCGGGCGAAUGGACAUCUCCCCGCAGGGCAAAGGGCAGCUGGAUUUCUAUGUGACCAUCACCAAGCAGGACAUACUGCUUAUACAGGUGGAUCACAUGUUUUGGUUUGGGGCUUCUUCCGUCUUCAGCAUGCCAGCAAAGACCCCAUGAAUCUCUGGUGUCACCUCUAACACUGACUCCGCCGCCCACUUCCACAUGGAGAGACUUUUACGAUGCCGUUGGCCCACCUGCAUAAUCCACUCUUCCCCCUAUUUAAGGUCUGCUCAUUAACAGCCUUCCUGCCAUCUGCAACUUUAAUUCCCCUCUGCUGUCCAAGGGAACAUAUUCACAGGUUCUGGGAAUUGGGACGUGGACUUCUUUGUCGGAAAGGCCAUCAUUUUUGCCUACAGUAGCAACCAUCUAAUUCCUUAGAUUUCACAUAUUUGAAACUGAAAUGUAUAGAGUUUAUGUGGUUGAUGUUUAAGGAAUAAAAUGUUUAUUUUACUCCUAAAACCACAUGAUAUUGACGGUUUUAAAACUAUGCUCUUGUCACCUGCACAUGUAUAUAUCAUUUUGAUCUAUAUUUCCAAUAUGAUAGUGGUUGUUAAAUGAAUUCUGUGUGCCUUUUGCACAUUGUACACUUGAAAACAUUGCAUGCAUUUAUUUUUAAACCUCUAAGAGUGCAAACACUAACAUUUACCAAUUUGCCAAGUGAAAUAAUACAUAAAUGCAACAAAACGAACCAUGUCAUGCUAUGACAAUCUCUAAGGUGGAAUUAUAUCAGAUAGUAAAAUGGAAACUAUGAUCUCAUCAGACACUUGAAAGCAGUGUGAAUAAAAAGUAUCAAUAUCUUAACCAAAAAAUGUAUACAUCAGUGUUUUUACUUAUUCGUUCUUUUUUUAAAAAAAUGUGAGCUCAGGUUAUUCAUGAGUAUUUUUCUCUCUUUUAAUAAUCUGAGAUUGAUUUUAAGUAAUUCUAUCUAGUUUUAUCUUUUUUGAAAUUCAUAAAAAAUGAAUGUUCCAAGUCUUUACCCAAUUCAUCUGUACAAAAAGAAGGUUUAAAAAGCCAGGACUCUUAUAUGGAUGAAAGCUUGAUUUGCUCAAACAUUUGAUACUAAAAUAUCUCAAGGACAAAACUCGAAACCACUCAUCAAUUAAGACAAAAUGUCAAUGGAGGUAUUAUAGUCAUGAAUAUUUAUGAGGUGAAUGACGAAGCGUCCAAAUAUAUUU